AUUAGUUUUUGGCAGGAAAGGCAGUUGUUGGUACACUCAAAAAGUCAAAUGGAAAAUUUGAGACGAGAAGCAGACUUUACCAAGAUCCAUUUAAAACGUUUCGAGCUUUUUAAUUUAAAAAUUGAAUCAAUCGAGUUUCAUCGUAUUCUUCUCCAUAUGAAACCUAUGUCAACAAUGAACAAAUGAUCGAAUUUCACAUAAAUGAUCUCUUUUCUCUCUAUUUAUUAAUUUAAUUUAAUUAUUUUUGCUGUAAUGAAGAACAUUUAGUGAACAUGUACUCGGUUUACAAACGUAAUUCACGAUUUUGAAUAGUUGAACUUCAAAUGAAGGAUCAGAUAUACUGGCCGAAGCAGCUUAAAGAGCGUUUUUCGAGAAUUAAUCUAUUUUAUAACAUGUUGAAAAAGAUUUCUGGUUGAAUUGUAACCUACAGCAGAAACUCAUUGCUGAAUCCUAAAUGGCUUUCUUGUUCUCAUUUAACGUUGAAGGAGCGCCAGCUGAGUCUUAUUAUUUGAAUUAUACCAAGGGAGGUUCAAUUGAUUGAAUGAACUUGAGUAUUUCAUUUUUGUCAUUAGGGAAAAACGUUUGUAUGUUAUGUUACACACGUACGUGACCAAACCGCAUAAUUAACGAGAAGGAGCCUCACUUGAAAGCCGCAUCUGCUGGUCAUUUGAAAAUAAUAAUAAAAUAGAGUCUUUAUUUCAAUAGGAAAGAAAACGUGUCUGUUGCCAGUUUAUUGAGAGAACAGUAACCAUUAUGUCGAGACUUCAACUUCAAUUGAAAUUGGCCGCUACGAGAUUAGAAAUUCUAAGGAAAAAAGAAGAGGCUCUAGCAAAGCAGGCAAGGAGAACCGUUUCCUUCGGUUUAAAAACCUACUCAUCAACUUUAGCUCGAGCUCGAGUGGAACCUUUGAUUAUGCAAGAUGUAUACAUGGAAUUACUUGAGUUAUUACAGGUAGAUGCAGAGAUUCUUGCCAAUCGUACUUCUAUUUUAGAGAAACGCGGAUUUAAUUCUGAAGCAAAUUGGAAGUCGUCUUUGUAUCACAUCCUUGCUGCAGCUCCACAAUUACCUAUUAAGGAACUAAAGUUUGUACAUGACUUUCUUGUACGGCUGUAUGGCAAGGACUUUACUCAACUCACGGAUCCUGACUUAUCCAAAAACGAUGUACAAUUUUAUCAGCUUUUGUAUCCACCUAUUCCAUCUGAGGAGCUAGUGAAUGGCUAUAUUGAAGAACUACGACGGACGUAUUUUCCUGAAGAAUACCAAAAGGAAGAAAUUCCUUCAUCAAGAGAAGUUGAGGACUUGCUUCCAAUAGCGCCAUCGUCUCAAGAUACCCCAGCACCAUCGUCAACCCAGGAUGAGGCAUCUAAAACGAAUAAUCUCCCUCAGUCUACUUCUUCCGCUUCUGAAAUUCCUUCCAGUGAAAUUAACAACUCUCGUAAGGAUACAAAUUCUGCCCCUAGUUCUCACUCUCAGCCGACUACGAAAAAUACAGUUCCCCCAAAACAAUCCAAUUCGAAUAAACCUCCAAGUUUUGAAGAACUUGCGGCGCGCUUAGAAAAUUUGAAACGUACUUAGCUUUUCUGUAUUACAUUGUAUCCACAGACUUACUUAUUAUGAAUUAUGAAUAAGAUAUGAUUCGACUACUCGUUGCAUAUGUCAAUCUUAUUAUUAAUUCUGCUUUAUAAAAAUCAAGUAUGAUAUUUUUUUAUUAUCUUUUAUUUUAUUUUAUUUUGUUUUUUCUUUUAAUUUGUAUGCAAAUCUCAUGUUUCUCU